AUGAGUCAAGUUGGUCCUUAUUUAUCGAUGUCUCUGAAUCUUUCAUCAAAGAUCAAUCUGGAUGGACUUAAAAUUCAUUCUCUCGAGCAGAAUGGCGACAAAUUAGUUAUAAUUUUGGAAGGAGAAGAUAAAAAAAUUAAUAUUCUUCAAUGUCCAAUCACAGUUGUAUCCGGAAUAGUUAAUUACGAAAUACCAGAAUCGUAUCCGACUAUCGGAUUUUCGAAUUACUAUUUAGAAUCGGCAAAAUCUUUGAUGGGUGGUUUUCUUCUUUUCACAAAAUACGAUCUGACCACUCCUGGUGUUCUUAUAUUUGCUGAUCCUGCAGGAAAUAUCAAUGUUUUGGCUGAAAACAUAAGUUGUUAUUCAACAAAUUCAUCAAACAAACGAAAAAACACUAUUGCUAUCUGCCGAGGUAAUAACUUAUUCGUAAUUGAUGAUAUGAAUAGUGAAAAUCCACUUUUUGCUGAUGCAGUAAGAGAUGAAGAUAUUUUAUCGGUUGCUUUAACAUAUCCUUUCGUAUACUUAAUCUUCCGAAAAGGUCUCAUGCAAAUUAAUAUUGAUAUCGAGCUCAGGGGAGGAAAUUACAGACCAUUUAUCAAUAUGGAACUUGAACCCGAUUCUACGCUCAUUUCAGCCGACUACGACUCGAUUAUUUUAUACAACAAGCACUCUGCUACGUAUGUUGACUCCAGAUUGUCCUGCGAAAAGUCACAAGUUGUUUUUAAUUCAACUCCAAAGUUUAACUACUUCGUGAAGCCUUUUAACAAAGCGUAUAUGUCUGUUGUUGAUAAUUUCGCCAUUUUCUACGACUUUUCAAGCGAAUAUAAGCUUCCAAUUCAAGAUUUUAUUUCAUUUACUUCAAAUGACGAACUUGGCAUCUGUUUCUACGCAACUGAAAACGAGCUUUACUUAGUCAAAGACUAUUCCGAUACAUUCAGGCUGUUUUUGAACGGAAAAUACACUAAAGCCUUCGAAAUGGUUUAUAAUCACAACGGAAUCACAAGUUUCUGCCAAUUCUUCGAACUACUGUGGAACUCAAGCGUGAAUGAUAAGUACAUUUACAGAGAAAACGCUCUAAACUUCUUGAGUGUCCCAGGAGUCCAAAAAAACGUCAGUUCCGUUCUGGAGAUAUUCGGAAAAUUAAGGUUCUACAAGGAAAUUGUUGAUCCAAGGUCAGGAAGAUCCGAAAUCGUUGUAAAAACAAAUAAUUUUUAUUUGCCAUCGCAAAUUGACGACAAAGAGUCAUCCUAUCCCAUUCUUUUAUCAAAACUAAAGAUGUACUGUCCAACAGAGAACACCCCAGAGGUCGUAGACUUCAAUACAGCGAUAUUAGAAAUUUUAAUUCUUCUUAACAUGACGCACGACGUCAGGAAGUUCAUGAAACAUACAAAGAAUAUUGAUAUAACAUCUAUCAAGUACUUCGCAGCUUCUAUUAAUUAUCCAACUGUUAAUUUCAUAAUUAAUGUGUUUUCCAAGCAGCCACAAGAAGCUUUGGAGGCUUUUGAGCUGAUAAAAGAUCCAGCACCUGAAGAAAUCAAGCUCGCUUUGUCCGUUUUCAAGGAAUUCAGCCACGAAUGGAAUUCAUUUAUUAAAUAUCUGAAAAGAUUCAUCAAUAGGUGGCCAAUCGAAACGAUAGAGUUUAUAACAAGUGUUGAUGACUUCGAAAUCGCAAGAAUAGCGAAUUUUAUUGAAGAAAAUUUUGUUCAUUUGAAAACUUUAUUUUUCAUCAGCGCUGUAAGACUCAGUUCCUUGUCUGGCCAUAAAAGUGUUGUUUCUUCACUCGCUGACCAAAUAUGCGAAACUUUGACGAAUAUUCGAAAUCCAAUUUUCGAAUUUAGCAGCAUUUUAUGGUUGAAAUGCGUUGUAUUGUCAGGUGCAAAAGAAAUGACACCUGAAUUACUCGAUAAAUCCGAGAAAGAACUGAUAGAAAGGUUAUUAUACUUAAUUAACACUUUUUAUGAUGAAAUUAACAGACAAGCUAUUCUUGCCUUUGCAGAAACAUGCAAAUUCAAGGACUUAAAGUACCAAAUCUACCUUGCAGAUGGAAAUUACAAAGAAGCUUUGUCAAUUAUCUGGACAAACAACAAAACAGACAUCGAGAAGGCUUUGAACAUCUGCAAGAAGGCGAAAGACCCAACAUCCGCCUUCGGAGUUGCGCUUCCGAUGAUGAAAUCUUCUUUAUCCAAAGAAGAUUUCAAGAAAAUACUCAGAUCCGUUCUCAAAGAGAACGCUGGGAUCAUUAAUCCGAAUGACUUCGUUCCGCUUCUCGAUUUCGGAGAAAUUGGAGAGAUCUUUGACUACAUCACAGAUUUAUACAGAGAUCUCCUCAUCCAGCGCGAGAAAAGCCAGAUAUCAUGCGCCAGCGCUGAAGCAGAACGUUUUGAAGCUAAAUAUCAGCUCCAAAAGGCAAAAUCUGUUUCAUUCGUUGUAGAUAACCAUACUUUGUGCGAAAACUGCCACAAACCUAUUGGCAGCAACUUCUUUGUUAGGACUCCUGAUGGUCUUUUCUAUCAUGAAAACUGUUUAUCUUCAUCAUUACCAAAAUAA